AUGGGCUACUCUGAAGUUCUCUGCCACAUUUGUGGAGUCAGUUUCAACAUCAACCGCUCUCGAACAGACAAUGAGCCUCGAAGCGCAGCCUGGGGUUAUCAGACCCUUGCGAUGAACCCUGAAAACAGUCACGGGCGGUGGGGAUGCUACUACGUGAAGAGAGAUGGAGUUCAAGACCCUGGGGCUGCGUCACUGGAGACAGUCAAGUAUAUCCCGCCCAAAAUGGAACCAGAAGAUUCAUCCGACGAUGGAUGGACAUCGGACACGCCCGAUGAUGAAUGGGAACACAUCGCUGGGCCAGAAUGCGACUGGACUGCAGCCUAUAAUGGAAAUCGCAUCUCUGCAGAGGCCAUGAAGCACUGCCAAACAUCUCAAUGUCUUGUCCCAAAAGGCGAUGAUUGGCAGCCCGAAAGAGGCGAUCAAGAGUUCGAAACUUCGGGCAAAUUCUUCUUGAGCGGUUUGUCUGACGAUAUGCCUAGUCGAGAUAUUGGCUGGCCAUCUGUUUCUCCCGCGCGUCAUGACAUGGACGAUGUCAGAGCUGAAAACAUCAUUUGGGAUGCUGAAGAUGCGGACGAGUACGGCAUGCCCUUUCAUCCAGCUUGCUUUGAGAUAUUCAAGCGAGCCUCUUUGUACCGAUAUGGAAGCGUCGAUGUUGAAUGCUUGAUGAAGUGGUGGCGUCUUGAACCAGAGUACGAAGAUUUCCAUGGUUUUCCUCGUCAUCCUGCUGUUAAACAGGCUGCGGAACAGUGGUGGAGUCAUGAACGCGGAGGAGAAUUCCUAGUGGCCAACCCUUGCUUCGUUCCUGGACUAGACGAUCUCCUGCAUUCGACACAGAGCGUGGAACAUACCCUUGGGAAUGAGUCUAGUCCUUUUGGAACUACCGUGUCAACAGAACCAGCCCCUUCCGACCCAUUUUCAAAGCUCCCUAGCGAAAUGAUUCGUGAGAUCCUCGUCCAUCUCAGUUUCAAGGACCUUGCCAACCUGCGACUUACUUCUCGCGUGUUUCUGCAUCUGCCGAACACGGUUUUAUAUGAGUUGACAGUUCGAGACACUCCUUGGUUAUACGAGGCAUGGUCGUCGUUGCGUAUCUCUUUCUGGGCGACUACAACUCAGGCAGAGAUCGAGCAAGUGAUGGGACGCGGGGGUAGCAUUAGUACAACUCCUCAUCCAGUCAAGAUACUCGGCAAAGGUGAAACAGACUGGCUCCGUCUUCAAAUGGAGGUGUCGAAGAAUUGGAAAAUCAUGCCCGGGCUGCAGAAUCGACGCAGAAUCUGGAAUGAUUGCCAAGAGAUCUUGAACCGGGUGGACAAAUACCGAAAGCAAGGCAAGAUCUGA